AUGGCGGACUCGCUGCUGCCGGUCAAGCGGGGUUCCUGCCGCUUCGUGCGGUCGCGGGCCCGCAAGGCCCGGCCCCAGUUCAUCCUUAGCCGCCGGCUCCGCUGCCGGCCCGGGCCCCUGCGCUGGUGCGGCCGGCGGCGGCUGCGACGGCGGCUGUUGCAGGCCCAGGCAGCAGGCGUGGACUGGAGGGAGGGCGGCCGCCUGGUGUCUGGCGCAGCGGCGGAGGCAGCAAGCCGGCGGUUCAAGGCCGCGCUCCGCCGCCCAGCUCCAGCCGUGGCCCCUGCCCCCGCCUCCGUCCGCGCCCCAGCCCCGGCGGUUCCCGCGUUUAUCCCCGUCCCGCCGCCGCUGCCAGCGGGCCCCGGCCGCGCGGUGCUGCUGCUACCGCUGCAGCAGUCUUUUGUUUUUGGUGGGAUCUGUCGUGUGACUUGCCUCUAUGGCCGAGUACAAGUGUUUGGUUUUACCAUCAGCCAAGGUCAGCCUGCCUGUGAGGUGUUCUCUGCCUAUACGAACUCUCUCCUGAGUAUCAUGGCGGUUCGUUACCCGAUGCCUGAGAAAAGCAAGAAGGAGAUGAGAAGGGAAGCCCGAACUUUGCUCAGAGCUCAUCUUCUCCGGGAUGACAGAUGUCGGUUGAUGAAAUGUUUUUCUCCUCUGUGUUCCAUCGUGGUGCUGGAACGUCUGAAAACACCAACUACGGAGUUCAUAAUCAGCCAUCCAGGUUUAUCUUAUGUCUUCUUACAAGAGACUCCAACUUCCCACUUAUUCCCUGAAUAUUUAACCUUGAAGUCUGUUGGCAUCAGGAGAAGCAAGAGGAAAAAUGGCCUUCAGUUAAGUGAGAGUGUCACUUCAGCAGUGGACGAGUUGGUCAGUGUUUCUUGUGAAGAAGUAGAUGGCUGCCCUGUCAUUCUGGUUUGUGGAAGCCAGGACCUUGGAAAGUCGACGUUUAAUAGGUAUCUCAUUAACCAGUUGUUAAAUAGUAUUCCCUGUAUUGACUAUUUGGAAUGUGAUCUGGGACAGACAGAAUUUACUCCUCCUGGUUGCAUUUCUCUGUUUAAUAUUACAGAACCAAUUCUGGGACCUCCUUUCACCCACCAGAGAACACCACAGAAAAUGGUAUAUUAUGGGAAAACGUCCUGUAAAGACAACUAUGAACAUUACAUUGAGAUAAUCAAGUAUGUGUUCAGCUCUUACAAGAGAGAGUCACCUCUUAUCAUCAACACGAUGGGAUGGGUGACAGACAAUGGGCUCUUACUUCUCAUCGAUCUCAUCCGACUGCUGUCGCCCAGCCACGUCGUUCAGUUCAGUUCUGGCCGAAGUAAAUACAUGCCAAACCUCACCCCCGAUUAUGUGGAUGACACUGAUGGCUUAUACACAAAAAGCAGGCCCAAGAUAAGAGAUCGAGGAUUCCACCUUCCAGAAGCAGAAAAUUUGGAGUAUGCUGAUGAUGAAAGAGAGAGUCCAGUUGUAUUUCCUGGACAUAAACUGAUAUGCGUUCGAUCAGAGUUUGCGUUUAGAAAAACUCCAAGAAAUAGAGAAUCACAUAACAGAGUUCUUCGUGAAUUGGCAGUCUUAGGUUACCUUGGCAAGCUGCAGCCCCCAGAUCCAAGAUCAGUUUCUCCUUUACAUGGUCUGACACCCUACCAGGUCCCCUUCAAUGCAGUCGCGCUGCGAAUCACGCACGCUGAUGUUGCCCCUACCCACAUCAUGUAUGCUGUGAACGCCAGCUGGGUUGGCCUCUGCAAGAUCCAGGAUGAAGUCAGAGGCUACGUGAACGGGCCCAUCUUGCUCACCCAGACUCCCCUUUGUGACUGUGUGGGGUUCGGGAUCUGCAGAGGGAUUGACAUGGAGAAGAGGCUUUACUACAUCCUCACCCCUGUACCCCCAGAAGAGCUAAGAGACGUGAACUGUCUGCUGAUUGGAGCUGUCUCCGUCCCACAGUGUGUCUUCAAGAGCCAGUGUGGAUUUGAAGGAACAAUACCUUACGUCACAACAGAUUAUAAUUUUAGCCUUCCUGGAGCACGAGACAAAAUUGGAGCAAGAGACUCUGAGCAAAACUAUGAAGAGAAAAGACACCUGAGGCCUAAACUAUAUCGAAAAAUGUACCGAUACUGAUGUUUUUAAAAAGGGGAGAAAUUUGCCUACCAGAAGGCUUGAUUGGUGGUGUUUUAUGGAAACGAAUGGUGCACUUACCUAGUAAACAGUAUUUCUAUAUAAUUCAUGAGUAUGUUCAAUAGUAAACAUUUUGGAGUUUCUCUCGUCUUAAAGCUACACGAUCGAGAAAGUUAAUUAUACCUCUCAUUCAUAGUAGCAGCAGAGAAAAGUACACCAUUAAAACAAUAUGGUUGAUCCUGAAAGCUCUGCAAGAUUCUGGUAGUUGGAACCUGGAUAAAAAUAGGGAAAUUGGGGCCACAAAAAUAUACCAGGGAGGAAGGGAGGAUGGCGAGCGGGAUCUGAGGAACAAUGGGCCAUGAAGACUGACUCAGUUCUUGCCGGAGUGCCGUGCAGAUUGAGGGAGGGGACCCCGACCGGGUUUCCUCCUUGGCUUCUGGAUGGAUGGUCACACCCUGGGUGCUCCUUCUUAUUUCCUGUUCAUUUGAUUCUAAAUAAGUUAUCUUCCAUUGAUGGGUUGUGUGAUAAAAGAUGAUGUUUGGUGUGUUAAAUUUAAUCAGGGUUUAAUAGAUGAAAGUUUGGACUCAAGAGCUCUUAACAUCUUUUUUAACUGUAUGAUAUAAUGCUGAAGAAAUUAUUCUCAAAUCUGGAUAGCAUCUCCUCCGGGCUCUUUAAAACUAUCGUUAAGUUCUCAUCGAAGGCUGAAGAUUCAACCAUGGGGCAGAACUGGAAACAAGAAUGUUUGGAAGAAGGACUGGCAGACCAACUCUUGUGAAAAGGCUUUGGGCAGCCAGACAUGAACUUGUGCAUAUGAACAACAGUGCCAUUUAGAGCUUCCUCCAAGGGGUACGGAAGACUGGGGUUGAUGCCAUUUUCCUGCAGAAAAAAACAAUGAAGAGCCAUUCUUUGUCUUCUGGGUAGUCAUGAGUCUUUAUGUUCUGAGGCUGAAAGUGAUUUUUGUAAACCAGGGCAAUCGGGCCAGGUUGUAUCAUUUCUGCAUUUAAAGAUGGUGAGUUACUUAACUGGGGCAGCAUUUCAAACUGGUAUUGUAACCAUAUCAUCAGAAUUAAUGGACAGCUUCCUGGCAUGAUCAUGUGGAGGGUAGCUACUGGGAUGUGUGAGUCUUAACAUUGAUGUUUAUUUAAACCGUUGAUUACCCAUGUCUUAAGUACUUUGUGGUGGCUCUUCAGCAUAUUAUAGACCCACAUGAGAGGACAGGAACCCUCUGUCACCCUCCUCGGCACCCUAGAGACCACUUAAGUUUGAGCCUUUUAGUUGUCUCUUAUUUACGUCCAAAUUUAGCUUGUACCUGUUUUUCUCUCUUGGUCUUACAAAGAGUUUUAACCAAUGAUCCACCACCAUCAACUUGUCUCUUUCUCCAGUUCUUUAUAUCUAUAUAGGUCAUUAGCAGCAAGUCUCUAGAAGAAUGAAAGUUGUUAGGUACCAUCGAGUCGGUACCAACUCACAGCGACUCUGUGUACAACAGAAUGAAACACUGGGCUGUCCUCACAGUUGUUGUUAUGCUUGAGCCUAGUGUUGAAGCCACUGUGUCAGUCCAUCUCUUUGAGGGUCUUCCUCUUUUUUGCUGACCCCCUACUUUACCAAGCAUGAUAUCCUUCUCCAGGAACUGAUCCCUCCUGAUAACAUGUCCAAAGUCUGUGAGACAUAGUCUCGCCAUCCUUGCUUCUAAGAAGCAUUCUGGUCGUACUUUUUCCAAGACAGAUUUGUUCACUCUUUACAGUCCAUGAUAUAUUCAGUAUUCUCCAACACCAUAAUUCUAAGACGUCAAUUCUUCAGUCUUCCCUAAGUCAUUGUCCAGCCUUAGCGUACAUAUGAGGUGAUUAAAAACACGGCUUGGGUCGACACACCUUAGUCUUCAAGGUGACAUAUUUGCCUUUCAACACCUUUGCAGAAUGGAAGUGGUGGCCCUGUGAUUUGGGUUUUUAGUAAAUCCAGCUUCGCGUUUAGCCCAGUUAUCCUUCUGGCCAUUCAGGAUGUCCUGUCUUCAGUCUCCAUCAGUGAAGAAAAAACCAUUGUCACUAGAGGGAGCUGUUGGCCAUUCAUUAGGUGGCUCUUAUUAGGGCUAGAGUUGGCCCUAGGAGCUUGUGUCGGACUUUUCCCAGGGGGUUAAGAGAUCCUGCUGACUUGCUCUGGGAUCAGCUCCAGGUUUGUUUGGUCAGACCCAUAAUGGUGCUAUCCUCCCUGGGUGUUUGACCAUUUGAUUAUGAAUGUUAAUAGCCUAGAUAUCAGAGAAAGAAUGGAAUUGGUCCUUUAUUCAUUUCUACAGUCUCUUGUGGCUUAGAAUGGGAAAUACAGAGUUCUGUAUUGAAUUAUUUUUUACAAAAACGUAAUAUUUUGUGUGUGUGGUUUCCAAUGUAGUUGUUUCUGUUGGUUACUGUCAAGUCAGUUUUAACUCAGCGACCCCACAUAUGCAGAGUAGAACUGAUCCAUAGGGUGUUCAGGGCUGUGACUUUUUGGAAGCAGAUCACCAGACCUUUGUCCCCAGGUGCUGCUGGAUGGGUUCUAACUGCCAACCUUUGGGCUAGUAGUCAAGUUCUUAAGUGCGCCACCCAGGGACUUCCAAAGUAGCACAUGCGGUUUUUUUUAAAAAUUAUAUAAAUAUAUGGCGCAGAAAGUGAAAACUCUUAAUUGCCUAUAUUUAAGUUUCUUUACGAUCAGUUCUUUUCUAAAGAGAUCCAUUAAUAGGAAAAGUAGGUAUGAAAAUAAAUGAGAAUAUUCUCAAUUUAUAGGAUUUGUUUUAUUUCAUAAGCAAAGAUAGUUCAGUUGGUCCAUCUGUCUGACAUUUCCACCUUCUUGGAAGCAGAGACUCGAUAUAUCUUCUCUGGAACCAUGGCUUGGAUGUUGAUGUGAGAAAGGGGCGGGGGGAAUGUUCAAGCAGGCGCCUCAAGUGCCCUGGAGAGGAGAGCGUGUGGGCUGUGAGACCCCAGGCUGGGCAGAGGGCUUCCAUGUCCUCCACCUGGACCCCUUCCCCAGGCAGGUACUUAGCCUGCCAGACACUCGGGUUUCUGCUCGCCAGGCAGGUAGUGAGGGUCAAAUGAGAUCAUGUGGCCUGGACAUGGGCAAGGAGUUCUUUUCAAGGUACCAGAUGGUGACUUCUUUUAAUUGUCUAAUAGUUUUUUUUUAGGUUUGGAUGGCAAUGUGGUGGUAAGACAGUAGGCUUUGAUAGUAGAGCUUUGAGUUCAAAUCCUAGCUCUGCCGUUUGGUAGCAGUAUAACUGAGGAAGAUAUUUAAGCUCAUGGAGCCUGCUUGCCCCCUUUUAAGAUGGGGUAAUAGUUCCUCUUCCAGCAUUCCGGUGUGAGACACAGUCUACCACAUGUCAACUAUUGGUGUGCGGUCUGUCUCUGAUUAGAUUAUAAACUCUUGGAAGGCAGGGCCCACUUGUAAUCCUCACAGCUAUGUAUGAAUGAUGCAGAAACUGGAUGUUUGAAGCUACAGCGUCCGCUUCUGCCCUCCUGCCUCUAGGUAGUGUUGCCUUAAAGCUAUCCUUGUGAACCAGUGUCCUGUUUUUAUUUAAAGGGCUCUAAGGAAGCAGGUUCAUGGCCUCUUUUGAACCCACUCAUUCCAGGGUUUUUUUCUUAAACCCACAUAUAUUUUAUAAACAAAUUACAUGUAGAACAUUAGGUUUAAGUCAACCACCACAUAGUCACUGUUAAUGCUGUGAUAUCCUCUUAUCUGGUAUUUUCUGUACAUAUGUGUGUGCGUGUGUGUUUCGUGGCUUUUUUUUAAACAAAAUUGUCCUACUGUGUGUGGUUUUUCUAUUCAGUGUUUUUCAUUUAACAUGAACUUCUGUAUCAUUAAAUAUUUUUGAAAGCAUGAA